AUGCCUUCAGGUGAGGUAGCCGAGGCAGUGCUGGCCGCCUGCGCCCUGGCGUCCGGCGGAGUGUUGCGCGGGUUCACGCGGCACGCUUUCCCGUAUACCGACCUCACCAAGAUUGAUGACCUUUUGAACGUGCCGGGCUUCAUCGCGGGCGUCACGAACCCGACCUUUGAGCUGCACCCCGAGUGGUGGGACGUCUUGUGUGACCUGUCGACAGGUAGGAUAAAGAUCAGUGCCAAGAUAGAGCCCGCCGCCGCUACCGAAGGCAUGGUAUAUUUUCAGCAACAAAACCCCGCCUACGCGCCCCUCGUCUCCGUACAUUCCUCUGGUAGCUCCUCGACGCCCGACCUCACGAAUGACACGCUCUUCGUAAACGACAUUCUUAAGAGCAUCAACGCCCGCCACGGCGAGCGCGUCAUCAGGGCCAAGUGGCGAGACUGGGUGACCAAAUUCACCCGCAUCGCCGCCGCGUUUGAGGAGACGGUGUAUGGUGCGAGCGCCCUCUACAUUGGAAGCGACGACUUGGAAAAUGUCGCGGCGGGCCUCCCAACUGGCCACGGCUACGUGUGGGUGGAUGAUGUGGCCAAGCUGAGAGAGCUGGCGGGCAACGUCACGCGAAUCGAGGGCUGGAGGAAUACUCGGAGCUACUAUAGCUUCAUCCAGGACCUCGCACAGCUCUACACCGUCAGGCCCCUCAAGGGCCUAGACCUCCACCAUAUGCACGACCGCCUCCGAACGCAACGCCUCUCGCACUUGCAGAGCAAGGACAUCUACAUUCCCUUCGCCAAGCACGUCCACUCGUACGACGAGAUCUGCCUUUGCUUUCCGUCGCGCCCGACACUGGUGGAAGUCCCUCAGUCGGUUCGAGAAGCUCGCCUUUCAGCGCAUACGCAGGAGAUGGAGGCCGAGAUGCGCUCCAAGUUGGAAAAGGAAGGGAUCGUUCCCGAGGGACGGCGCAUUAGCUAG